CUCUUUUUUUAGGGCUUUCUCGCUGCGGGUGAGGGCUGAGGCGGCCAAGAUCUUCCUUGGCUUUCUCCCUAUAUCUGCAAAAUUUAAACAAAAUUGAUAGUCUUGAUAGUAAAAUUUUCUCUUCGGGUUUGUAUCUUUGGUAAGGAUUUUAGAGGUAUUCAGGUGAUUUUUCUUGCGUAGAUAACAAUGGAGGCAGAUUCUUGGAGCCGUUUAUUCUCUGCUUCUUCAAAGCGCCAUCAAUUAUGCCAGCAAUCCCGAUACGAUCUCUACCUCGGUGCAGAAGAGGUUGAUGGCAUCGACGAUGACUCUCGUGCUGAGUUUUCCUGCCCGUUUUGCGCCGAGGAUUUCGAUAUCGUAGGGCUUUGUUGCCAUAUUGAUGACGAGCAUCCGCAGGAGGCGACAAGUGGGAUUUGUCCAAUAUGUGCAUCAAGAGUUGGCAUGGAUUUGGUUGGGCACCUAACAAUGGAACAUGGAAAUUUUUUUAAGGUUCAAAGGAGGAGAAGGUUUAGGAGAGGCAUGUUGGGCUCUCAUUCUACUCUUUCGCUUCUAAGAAAAGAGCUUAGGGAUGCCAAUGCUCAGGCCCUUAUUGGGGGUUGGUCCCAUUCAAGUGCUCCACCUUCUGCAGCACCUGAUCCUUUGCUGUCAUCCUUGAUUUACACAUUGCCUGUUGCUAAUUCUUCAAAUGACAUAUUACCUGAAUCGCCUGAUGAGGGAGCCCUUGCAAGUGAUCAUUCAGAAAAACUGGCUGUUGAAAGCUCAAAGCCAUGUUUAUCUGACAAGGAGCAUGAGGAAAGAACUCGCAAGUGUGAGUUUGUUAGGGGGCUUGUCCUAUCCACAAUAUUUGAGGACAUCGUAUGAACUUGGGUUGCCAUUCCUCUUGAUGGCAGCUAUCUGCCGCUCAUUGGUCUCUUCGAGAAAUAAGCAUUUUAGAUGCAGCUGUGUAUGUAAAUGCCAGUAGAAAGAGAAACACGUUUUAUUAUGUAUUAUAUAUGUUGUUUUAGUAGUAUGAAUAUUUCAAUGAAACUUAAUUUUAUCUUUAUAUAGUUAUCAUUAAAUCA